AUGGCGCCCUACGGUGACCCUCCGCCAGCCGUGGUGCCUGCCGUACCAUCUGACAAGCGCAACAAGAAAGCCCCUCAAGAGAUUCUCUCCGACUUCUGGAACAAGUUCCAUUCGAAGCACCCCGGGAAGGUGACAUCCAUCUUCCCCCGGUCCCUCUAUGCUUCUCUGCUCCCCGACUUCCAGCCCCGGGGCGCCUCGUCUACCCGCAACGCCCAAGAAUCCUAUGAAGCCGCCGCCCGCGAGUGUCGGGAGAAGGUGAAGCGCAUCGUCCGCGAGUGCGAACGGACGAACGAGAAAUUCACCGAUGCAGACUUCGAUAUCGAGCGUGAUCCCUACAACAACUGCCUCAACGGCCUCGUCCGCGACUCUGACUUCGGUCCUGGGGGCGGCGGCCGCGCGGCUGAUGAUGGACCCAAUGUCAGCAGCUGGGACGUCAAGAACAGCUUCGACACCUUGGCUGCUGCUCAGGUCUUGGGGCCUAACUCCACCAUUCCCAUCGACCCGGCCGUGGUGAGCCGCUUUCUGGGGAGCAGCGAUGAUAUCUGGAACCCCUUUGCCAGUGCGAGAGACGGCUCAGGGGCGCGAGCGGGGCUAAGAUCGGGCCCUGUCAAGGCCUCCAAGCGUCAGGGUGUCCGGGGAGGCGAGUAUUAUAGCCCGGGCUCCAUCCAUCGUCUCGACUGGAUCUUCGAGUCUCCUCAGUUUACAGUCAACGGCUACUCCUCGUCUGACAUCAAACAGGGCGCCAAUGGCGAUUGCUGGUGGCUCGCCGCUGUCGCAACGAUUGCGCACCGCAAAGACCUUAUGCAAAAGGUAUGCGUUGCGCGUGACGAGGAAUGCGGCGUUUAUGGGUUCGUCUUCCAGCGCGACGGCGAGUGGAUCUCGACCGUCAUCGACGAUAACCUCUACCUCAAGGACUCCGACUUUGAUUAUUACGGCGACGUCUACGACGCCAGCGGCAAGAAGGCCCGUCUGCACCGCAAACGCAAUCAGACGGGCUCCGACGCCUUGUACUUCGCCCGCUGCGAGGACCAGAACGAGACAUGGCUGCCGCUACUCGAAAAGGCCUAUGCCAAAGUCCACGGCGACUACGAGGCCAUCUCGGGUGGCUGGCCCGGUGAAGCGGUGGAGGACAUGACAGGUGGCGUCACCUCGACAAUUGCCACUAACCGAGUGCUUCGGAAGGACAGGCUCUGGAAGGAGCUUGUCAACACCGACGGCGAGUUUGUCUUUGCUCUGGCCGCCAUGGGCACUGGCUGGGACUGGCAGAAGAGCGGUCUCGCACUGGGACACGCGUACUCCAUCCUCCAAUCCCGAGAAGAGGUGGACGAGGACGGCAAGAAGGUCCGCCUCGUGCAGAUCAGAAACCCCUGGGGCGAAAGAUCCGACGGCGGUGUCGGCGAGUGGAAUGGCCCCUGGUCUGAUGGCUCAAAGGAGUGGACGCCGUACUGGCUGAAGCGAAUGAACCACACUUUCGGCGACGACGGCGUCUUCUGGAUGUCGUACGAAGACAUGCUGUCGACGUUCAUGUACAUCCACCGCACCCGCCUGUUCGACGAGAAGUGGACCGUCGUACAGCAGUGGACCUCGGCCAACAUCUCUUGGGUGACAGGCUACCUCCAUACCAAGUUCAUCGUCGAGGUCAAAAAGUCGGGCAUGGUCGUCAUCGUUCUUACGCAGCUCGACGACCGAUACUUCCAUGGGUUUGAGGGCCAAUACUGGUUUGAACUGCACUUUGUCCUACAAAAGGCUAUCCCGGAAGUCACCGGCGACAAAUCCGAGGAGGGAGAGAAGACUAAAAACGCCCUCGAGCCGGAGCAGAUCUGCCGUGUCCGCCCCGUGCAUAAGUGGGAGAACCGCUCCGUCAGCUGCGAGGUCGAUCUGGAGCCUGGUGUAUACGAGGUUCUCCCCAAGGUGACGGCCACGCGCCACCACAACGGCGACGCCGCCAAGCCCGUCGAGGAGGUCGUCAGGGAAUACGCGGAACGCAACCCGCAGAAGCUGCGGCAGGUCGGGCUGCAGUACGACAUAGCGCACUCCAAGGGCGGCGUGCGGGACGAGGACGGGCUGAUUGAGAAGAAGAAGCUCGAGGCGAAGCAGAAGAAGGAGAGCAGGAAGGCCAAGAAGAAGAAGAAGCAGAAAAAGGCGCUCGGCGUCGCGGCCAAGGCACUCGAGGAGUCAGCCAAGGUCGUAUCGGAGCUAGCCAACGAAGGGAAGAAGACCGAGGAGAGCAAGUCCGCGGAGAAGCCGGAGACGAAGAAAGAGGCCAGCCAGGAAAAGGAGAAGGAGAAAGACGGCGACUGGACCGAGGUCAAAGAGUCCGACAAAGAGUCCACCGGCAGCAGCCAGAAGCUUGCUACCACAGACGAUAAGCCAGCAGGCCUGACUGGUUCCAAGCCCGGUGACGGGCCCGUGCCGGAGCCCAAGAAGGAGGACGAAAAGAAAGCCGAAGAGAAGACAGAGGAGAAAAAGGAUGAGAGUAAGGGAGACGCUCCCGCUGUCAAGGAGGCCGAUACGGCCGAGGCGUCCGUUGUGCCCUCGCCUGCCACCAAAGAGGAAGAGGUUCUCGUGGAAGCGCCAGUCGAGGAAGAAGAGGACUCGGACUCGGACUCUGACACCGAGUCCAUCGACAGAGAUGACGGCGAGGAGCUCGCAGGCCCACCGUGGAACGCUGUAUGCGUGCUUGGCCUGCGGGUGUACUCCCAGGACGCGGACGUCGGCAUCAAGCUGGUCAAGUCUAGCGACGAAGAAGAGGCUGCGAGUUUGACGGUUGACGGAGAGGCUGCCGGGGCAACUGUGUAA